GAGGAGACCAGGAAGUACAGUCAGAGUGAGACGUCAUUCCCGCCGAGGUCACGGCGCGAGGCAGCAGAACUUGGAGCAAAGUCAGCCCCCGAUGCGCGCGAGGCUUUUAUUCAGGUCACUAAUUAAUUAAAUAAAUAAAUAAAUAAAAAGCCCAGUUCGGGCUUCCCGCCUCAGCUGAGCUCUCCAUUCAGAGCAUAGCUCCAGAUGAGCGCGUGGGGUUCAAGCGAGGCCAGCUCACGUGCGACAAACUCGCGUGCGUGUAGACAGAAAUGAAUGAACACACUAUGAAUGAGACAAAAGGAGAAGAGGCGCGCGCGCGAACCCUGCCCUCCUUUCCUCGUUUCCUAAAGGACGUAGGUCUCUCACGUUUCCGCCCCCCUCCUCCCCCCUUCCUCCUCCCUCACGCGACGAGGGGGGAAGAGGAGGGUGAUAGGAGAAAAAAAUGAAGUCAAUUAUACAAGCGCGCGGCUCCAUGCAGCUCCCUCCUCUCCUGAACCUCUACAGCUGGUGGCGGAACAUGCGCCGCGGCUCCGCGUAGCCUCCACCGGGAACACCGGCUCCGCUCUGCAGGCAUGUCGGCUGACGGCUCGGACCCGGCGGCGGACAAACCGGCAGAUUGUGGCGAGGAGGAGGAGGGAUCGUGCACAGCAGGAUCCUCGAUGCCAGCUGUCGAGCUGCCAAGAAAACGAAAGGGAGAUGUCGAGGAGAGGUCAAACACCCACGCGCAGCACGGCCUCGACUGCCAAAUGGACGAUGACGUCAGCAGAUCUGAAGGCGAGGAUCAGCAGGUCAAAAUGAAAUGUUUCAGGGAGCCUCACCGCCAGAUUGAGAAGCGGCGACGAGACAAAAUGAACAAUCUCAUCGACGAGCUGUCCGCCAUGAUCCCCGCUUGUCAGCCCAUGGCGCGAAAACUUGACAAGCUAACCGUGUUACGGAAAGCCGUCCAGUAUCUGAAAUCCCUCAAAGCUGGGACGAGCGGCGCCUUCACAGACACCACCUGCAAGCCUUCGAUCCUGCCCCAUGAUGACCUCUGGCACCUGCUGCUCCGGACGGCUAACGGCUUCCUGUUAGUCGUGAGAUGCGAUCGCGCUAAAAUCCUCUUCAUCUCAGAGUCCGUCUCCAAGAUCCUCAACUUCAGUCAGUUGGAGUUGACCGGCCAGAGCUUGUUCGACUUCAUUCACCCCAAAGACAUCAACAAAGUAAAGGAGCAGCUGUCGUCCUCAGAGUUGCUCCCUCGCCAGCGCCUCAUCGAUGCAUCGACUGGAGUUCAGGUCCCGGUGGAGGCCCCCGUCAGAACCCACCACAUGUCCACCGGAGCUCGCCGCUCCUUCUUCUGCCGCAUGAAGCACAGCCGGGUUGCAGGGAAGCACGAGGACAAGCACGCACUGCCCAACGCCUCCAAAAAGAAAGACGGUUACAGAUACUGCACGCUGCACUGCACCGGAUACAUGCGCAGCUGGCCCAGCAGCCAGCUGGACCCGGAGGGCGACGCCGUCGACAAGGACACCUCCAGCAUGAGUUGCCUGGUGACCAUGUGCCGCCUCCACUCCCACGUGUCCUACCAGGUCCCCAAAGACGUCAAAGUCCGAGCCACAGAGUUUGUUACCCGCUGUGCAAUCGACGGCAAGUUCACUUUUGUAGAUCAGCAAGCCACUACGGUUAUCGGCUAUCUGCCUCAGGAGGUUCUCGGCACAUCCUGCUACGAAUACUUCCAUCAGGACGACCUGCAGCACCUGGCAGCCAAACACAGACAAGUUCUUCGAAGCAAAGAGAAGAUCGAGACGCAGAGCUACAAGUUCAAGACUAAAUACGGAUCCUACAUUUCCCUCCAAAGUCAGUGGUUUACCUUCACCAACCCGUGGACCAAAGAAGUGGAAUUUAUUGUGUCUUUAAACAGGGUUGUCCCGGGGCCCGGUCACACCAAGGAUGAGGAGGCGGGAGCUUCAAAAGCACUUCAUGAAGACACCAAGCCGCUUAGUGACAUCCCCGGCCUCUCCGACAGCGUCGGCACCAUGAUUUACGCAGGAAGCAUCGGGACGCAAAUCGCUAACGAGCUCAUCGACACCUAUAGAGCAAACUCGUCUCCAUCAAGUGGGUCUUCAAGUCCUUUCGGCCCCGCGCUGGAGAAAUGUCCGCAGGCCAGCAAGAGCGCCAGUGAGCCGUCGGAGACCAAAGCACUUCCUGUUCAGGCGAGAAGAGACGAGGAAGCGGGCAGCUCUUCACAGUCUCAGUCGGGCUCCAGGACAGAUGAAAGUGUGAGCGGUGCGGCAUCAGAGAGCACAGGCGAGACCUCCCAGCUGGACCUGGAGAUCAUGGGGGUUUCGGGGCUGAGCAGCUUCAGCAGCGACGAGGCAGCCAUGGCGGUCAUCAUGAGCCUGCUGGAGACGGACGUGAACAUGGGUCAAUCGGGGGACUUUGACGACCUUCACUGGCCUUUUUAGAGGGAGCUCAGCCCUCCUCUUUUGUGCCGUUUUACAUGUUGCCAUUUGGUGAGAACUUCACAGUUCAGUCAAUCGUCUGAAGUCUUACCUGACCUUGCACCGCUGAACAAUCAUUAGACUCGCGCCAAAAGGACGCAACUUUUCAUACUUGAUGACCGCUGGGAAGAAGCUGAUUGGAACUUUGGAGUCUCCCCUGAUGGUCGCCUGGUUCUUGCUUGAAGGAAGGCGAGGUUAAAGUGCCCCAGUAGCCUGUGGUGACCCAGUGUCUUCCUCUGAGACAUUAUCUGAACGCGUCCUGCAGCAGAACGAUGCAUCUGCUCUGCUGGCCUUGGUGACCACGAUCAGACUGCCACGUGCACUGCUGCUAGAGAAACUCCUCGACUUUCCCACGUCCUCGAUGACUGUCAUGUGUUUUAAUGCAAACUCUGAUUGUAUGUUCUAAGCUCUUAUUUUGGAGAGGAUCCCCCUUGAACAAACUUCAAAGUUAAACAGAAACCCAGACGAGCAACAUUUAAGAUCCAACCCCACCACUCCACGUAUGAGCUGUAAAGGGUUGGUGGGUCAUGUAGGUGUCUUGUAAAUUUAUUUAAAGAUUUUUAAACACCCUUUACCCACCUUAGGCUGAACAGUGCAGCCUCCAGUGCUAGACAGUCUAGCUCAGGGAUCUGCAACUUUAAACUCUAACAGAUUCAGUGUUUUAACGUCCAAAACUCAGCAAGAAAAGAUCACUGUUUAGUAAAAGUAAAAUUACUAAAAUUUAUGGUUAUAUCAUCCAUCCAUCUUCUUAACCCGAAGAAUCUCUUUGGAGCAUAUCCUGGCUACUGUUAUGUGAGGGUUGCUGGAGCCUAUCCUGGCUACUGUUAUGUGAGGGUUGCAGGGUCAUUUAUAACAUAACUUUUACAGAUUUACAAUUAUUGAAUUAUGACAGGAUUAUGUUUUUCUACAAAUAAAAACUCCACUCUGUGUCCUUAGCAUUUUUACUCAGUUGGUAUUUUCUAUCAUUGGAAAAAAAAUGUUAAAACAAAUCUAAACAUGUAUGAAAAGAUAACAAGAAAUUAGCCAAAACUAUAACACAUUUAAUCAAAUAGUUUGUAUUUUAAUUUUCAAAGAGUCACAACGGAGAGAUAAAAGAUCCGCUCGUCUCUCUGGAGCUGCAGGUUGCAGACCGCGGGGCUAGCUUGUGGUGGAUGAGGAUCCGGUAGUCUGACGGUGCAUUCACUCUGACCAUAUCUGGGAUUAACUGUAGUCCACCUAUGAAUCCUUAUGAGGUGUGCUGGCAGUGUGAGUGCACAAAGGGAGUGAGGAUAACAGAGAAAAGUAAAUCCACGCCACCACAAGCUGGAAGAAGUCUGAAAGGCAGGCGUCCUCACCGGUUUUGCUCCUUCCUGGUUCCAGCUUGUUUUAGAUAAAAUGACCUCCAAAUAAACAGUUUUUAUUUCUGUAAGGUCAUCUAGAUGCACGAGAUACCUUCAUCCCCCGCUUGAGCUUGCCUGACUUUUCUGGAAUCAAGCACUUGAAGAAAAACUGACAUAGAAACCAGUUAUUCUUGAUUUAGCACAGAGAGCUCCUAAGGUCAAAAACUACACAUGUAUGCUUCACUUUAGGAACGUUUCUGAUCAAAUACACGGAGAGUUUUAUCUUUUCAAUACAUAAGAAAAUAAAUCCAAUGUCCAAAAAGACAACCACUUAACCUGUAGUGGUCUUUGGCCUUUUGAGCUUUUAUUCUACUUUCCAUUUUGGGUUUAGGGGCAAUACAUGAUAUCCAUCUUUUUACUAUAACUCCAGGUGAUUUUUGAAACAGAUAUGCACACGAGUGCCACCAUAAACCUGGAAUUGUUCAAAAACUCAGUUGUGAGUCAUUUUUCUACUGCACAAAUCAAUUGAGAUCAAACAGUUUUUAUGUGAUCUAACAAAGGUAAAACGUGUAGAGACAAAACAAUCCAACAACACCGGGUCAAAAACAGUUUAAAAAAUCUAAAAAACAGGCUAUGCUCCAAAUAACUAUAUGUAAUGUUCAAAGGAUCUAUUCAAAGACUAUCACAAUCAUGUGUGGUAACUCUUUUGAAAGUUUGACGUCAGAUUUGGAAUAAAAACUGACGAUGGGAUCGCUGUCAUUCCUACGUCUACUACUAUGGGUUAAGUUUCUGUAUCAGAGACAAUAAUUCCACAGACUUAAACAUAUCAGUUAGACUCUUCUUUGACAAAAAAAAAAAAACAAAACAAAAAAAAACCCUUUUUAGCAUCAAACUGGAGGAAAUAGUUGUAGAGAAAACAGGCGAGAGGAUUUAGCCUAAAAACUUCCAAUUUGACGACCUUUAGAAGUGGGAAUGUUCAUAGUUGGAGUGUUGUGGUUCUCUGGUGAUGGAGAUCCAUCACAAAGAGAUGUGGCUGUCCUGCUACACCGGUUCCAGUGUUUUCUGGAUCAGGUUCACCCCUGCUGAACAGGUUGUUUGCCAUGAAGAUGAUGUUAUAAACCCAAACGCCAUAACCCCAAGUUUUAUCAGAUGUCUGAACUACAGAGUGGGUAAAAAAGAAAUUCACCAAGAAAUUGUCCCGUGGUUUAUAGCCCUGAAUUCUUGUAGUCGGAUGUAGUCUGAGCUGCGCGUGGAUUUAACAGUCCGGCUCUGAAACAGCACUCCAGAACCAUCAGCGGUUCUUUGACUCUCAAAAUAUCAUGUGACUGACUUGCCUCGUACAAAUGUUACUUCUGACAAAGGUUCUGUUGUAAAUCAUCAGUUCUGAUGCUCUUUGCUGUCGCCAUCUGUGCCGUUUGAAAACGGAACGCGGCGCUUUCGGAUCACGGCCCGCUUUCAAGAGACUAAAUGUGCUUGUUUGUUUGUGAAAACUCGUCAAACGUCUGCUGUAUCUAGGAAUGGAAGUCCAUGUAAACGACGGUAAAAUAGUUUGUUUCUUAAACUGUCAAAUGUUUUUUUUCUAUAAAAGUUAGACUCCAAAAUUAGAAUUCAGGAAAGAUAUUCUUGUACAGAAGUGACUAAAAUGCUGACUGUGGUGCUUCGUCAAACUAGUUUUUGUACAGCUUUUGCAAAACUGUUUAUCAAUGAAGUGGAGUCCACACAAACGCAAUACCGAAUAAAGUUUUAUACAAA